AUGAAGUACGUUUUGAUCACCGGAGGAGUAGUAAGCGGCCUCGGCAAAGGCGUCACCGCCAGCAGCAUCGGCGUCGUGCUUAAGGCCUGUGGCCUUCGCGUCACUUCCAUCAAAAUCGAUCCGUAUUUGAACAUAGACGCUGGCACCAUGUCUCCCUUUGAGCAUGGAGAGGUUUUUGUUCUUGAUGAUGGCGGAGAGGUUGAUUUGGAUUUGGGAAAUUAUGAGCGUUUCCUUGAUGUCACGCUUACAAAGGAUAACAACAUCACUACUGGGAAAAUAUAUCAGUCUGUUCUUGAGAAGGAGCGUAAAGGGGAUUAUCUUGGGAAAACUGUUCAGGUGGUUCCACAUAUCACUGAUGCCAUCAGAAAUUGGAUUGAGUCGGUUGCUUUGAUCCCAGUUGAUGGAAAUGAAGGCCCUGCUGAUGUCUGUGUGAUUGAGCUUGGAGGCACUGUGGGUGAUAUUGAAUCUAUGCCGUUUAUUGAGGCUCUGCGGCAAUUGUCCUUUCAAGUGGGGCCUGACAACUUCUGUCUCAUCCAUGUUAGCCUGAUACCAGUGCUGGGUGUAGUGGGGGAGCAAAAAACAAAGCCUACACAACAUAGUGUCAGGGAACUGAGAGCAUUGGGCUUGACCCCUCAUCUUUUAGCAAGUCGCUCUGCUGAGCCUCUGCUGGAUAGCACCAAGGAAAAACUCUCACAGUUCUGCCAUGUUCCAAUUAACAAUAUUCUGAAUAUCCAUGAUGUACCAAAUAUUUGGCAUAUUCCCCUGUUACUUAGAAAUCAAAAUGCCCACCAUUCAAUUUUACAGCAGUUUAACUUACUUAGCCGUGCUACGCCUCCUGAUUUGCAGCAAUGGACUGAGAUGGCUGAGAGCUAUGAUAAUCUUACUGAAUCUGUUAGGAUAGCGAUGGUGGGAAAAUAUGUUGGUCUAACAGAUUCAUAUUUAUCCGUUGUAAAGGCCCUGCUGCAUGCUUGCGUUGCACGCUCAGUGAAACCAUCAAUUGACUGGAUUGCAGCUUCCGACCUUGAAGAUGACAGUGCACAAUCUACACCAGAAGCACAUGCUGCAGCAUGGAAGACUCUGAGGAGUGCAGCUUGUGUCUUGGUUCCCGGAGGAUUUGGAGAUCGUGGUGUGAGGGGCAUGAUGCUAGCUGCCAAAUAUGCCAGAGAGAACAACGUUCCUUACCUGGGGAUUUGCUUGGGAAUGCAAAUUUCUGUAAUUGAGUUUGCUAAAUCAGUUUUGGGUUGGGAAAGAGCGAACAGUGUAGAGUUUGAUGCCCAAACACCGAAUCCUGUUGUAAUUUUCAUGCCAGAGGGUUCAAGGACGCAUAUGGGAAGUACCAUGAGACUUGGAUCUCGAAGAACACUCUUACAUACACGAGAUUGUAUCACUUCCAAACUGUACGGAAGUUCCGAGUAUGUGGAUGAACGGCAUCGUCAUAGAUAUGAGGUAAAUCCAGAUGUCAUUGAAACUUUAGAAGAAGCUGGGCUAAAAUUUGUCGGCAAGGAUGAAAGUGGAAAACGAAUGGAGAUCUUAGAGCAUCCAAGUCACCCAUUCUAUGUUGGCGUGCAGUUUCAUCCUGAAUUCAAAUCUCGGCCUGGGAGACCAUCUGCCUUGUUUUUAGGUCUCAUAUUGGCGGCAACAGGAAAGUUGGAAGAACAUAUCAUAAGUAUUCAUGAGAAUGGAAGCUGA